CCUCCUCCCCCCUGCGGUGCUUGGUAGAGAGGAGCGUUCACGUCCAGGCGGAGGUGAUCUGACACAGAGAGGAGGAGGAGGCGCAGUCAAUGAGGGAGACAAGAAGAAAGUGAGCUCUGAACGCGAGGAGGGACGAGGAGAGAAAUCAGAAAUAAAUCCCCCCCUGACCCUGAAGAGGAAGACAGCUUCACUGCACCGCGAGGAUGGGGAACCGGGGGAUGGAGGAUUUGAUUCCUCUGGUGAACCGCAUGCAGGAUGCCUUCUCCGCCAUCGGCCAGAACGCAAACCUGGACCUGCCGCAGAUCGCAGUGGUGGGCGGCCAGAGUGCGGGGAAGAGCUCGGUUCUGGAGAACUUCGUCGGGAAGGAUUUCCUCCCUCGUGGCUCUGGCAUUGUGACUCGUCGUCCUCUGGUUCUGCAGCUCAUGACCUGUCCCACAGAGUAUGCAGAGUUUCUCCACUGUAAAGGCAAAAAGUUCACUGAUUUUGAUGAAGUGCGGCAGGAGAUCGAGGCAGAGACCGACCGCGCCACGGGGGCCAACAAAGGCAUCUCACCUGUGCCCAUAAACCUGCGUGUCUAUUCCCCCAAUGUUCUGAACCUGACACUGGUGGACCUGCCAGGAAUGACCAAGGUGCCCGUGGGCGACCAACCUGCAGACAUCGAGUCCCAGAUCAAAGAGAUGCUGAUGCAGUUUGUCACCAAAGACAACUGCCUGAUGUUGGCUGUGUCCCCGGCCAACUCGGAUCUGGCCAACUCUGACGCUUUAAAGAUUGCCAAAGAGGUCGACCCUCAGGGUGUGAGGACCAUUGGAGUCAUUACCAAACUGGACCUAAUGGACGAGGGCACAGACGCGAAAGACAUCCUUGAGAAUAAACUGCUUCCACUCAGGAGGGGUUACAUUGGUGUUGUGAACAGGAGCCAGAAGGACAUUGAUGGAAGGAAGGACAUUAAUGCUGCCAUGGCUGCUGAGAGGAAGUUCUUUCUCUCCCAUCCUGCAUAUAGACACCUGGCAGACCGCAUGGGCACUCCCUACCUCCAGAAAGUCCUCAAUCAGCAACUGACCAACCACAUACGGGACACGCUGCCGGGCCUCCGAGCCAAACUACAGAGUCAGCUUCUGUCCAUAGAGAAGGAGGUGGAGGAGUACAAGAAUUUCAGACCUGACGAUCCAUCACGCAAGACCAAGGCUCUGCUCCAGAUGGUGCAGCAGUUCUCUGUGGAUUUUGAGAAGUGCAUCGAAGGCUCCGGGGACCAGAUCGACACGGCGGAGUUGUCCGGUGGUGCCAGGAUCAAUCGCAUCUUCCACGAACGCUUCCCCUUUGAACUGGUCAAGAUGGAGUUUGAUGAGAAGGAGCUGCGGAAGGAGAUCAGCUACGCCAUCAAGAACAUUCACGGCAUCAGAACUGGCCUCUUCACCCCGGACAUGGCCUUUGAGACCAUUGUGAAAAGGCAGAUUGGGAAGAUUAAAGAGCCGUGCACCAAAUGUGUGGACAUGGUCAUUUCUGAGCUAGUCAAUACGGUUAGGCAGUGUACCAAGAAGCUGGCUCAGUAUCCAAUGCUACGGGAGGAGAUGGAGAGAAUCGUCACCCAGCACAUCAGAGACAGAGAGAGCCGCACUAAAGGCCAGGUGCUGCUGAUGAUCGACAUCGAGUUGUCCUACAUGAACACCAACCAUGAGGACUUUAUUGGAUUUGCUAACGCUCAACAGAGGAUCAACCAAAUGAAUAAGAAGAAGGCAGCCGGCAACCAGGAUGAAAUCAUGCCUGAGAGAGGAGUUAACGAUCGGUUCAAGGUGAUCAGGAAAGGCUGGCUCACCAUCAACAACAUUGGCAUCAUGAAAGGAGGAGCCAAGGAGUACUGGUUUGUCCUCACGGCUGAGUCUCUGUCCUGGUACAAGGACGAUGAGGAGAAGGAGAAGAAGUACAUGUUGCAGGUGGACAACCUGAAGCUGCGCGAUGUGGAGAAAGGCUUCAUGUCCAGCAAGCACAUCUUUGCCCUCUUCAACACCGAACAGAGGAAUGUUUAUAAGGAUUACCGUCAGCUGGAAUUGGCCUGUGAGAGUCAGGAAGAUGUUGACGCAUGGAAGGCUUCCUUCCUCCGAGCUGGAGUUUAUCCUGAACGCGUCACGGAGAAGGAAGGAAAGAGUGAAGGUGGUGACGACAGCAGCUCAGAGAACUUCAUGCACAGCAUGGACCCUCAGCUGGAGCGGCAGGUGGAGACCAUCCGUAACCUGGUGGACUCCUACAUGGCCAUCGUCAACAAGACCGUCCGUGACCUGAUCCCAAAGACCAUCAUGCACCUCAUGAUUAACAAUACAAAGGAGUUCAUCAACGCUGAGAUGCUGGCAAAUCUGUACUCGUGCGGCGACCAGAACACACUGAUGGAGGAGUCGCAGGAGCAGGCCCAGCACCGUGACGAGAUGCUGCGGAUGUACCACGCCCUGCGCGAGGCCCUCAGCAUCAUCGGUGACAUCAGCACAACCACGAUAAGCACCAGCAUGCCGCCGCCUGUGGACGACUCCUGGCUGCAGGUGCAACGGAGCGGCUCAGGGGGAAGGUCUCCGGCCACCAGUCCAACACCAAACCGCAGAGCUCCACCAGGACCUCCUGUGCGCCCAGUCUCUCGUGGGCCUCCACCUGGGCCUCCACCAGCGGGAGGGCCCCCUGUACCGUCUCGCCCCGGGGCCUCUCCUGACCCCUACAGUGGGCCACCACCCACUGUCCCCUCCCGGCCUAACCGUGCACCCCCAAGUGUGCCGAGAAUCACUGUCACUGACCGGUGAGGGAAAAACGUGUCUGUGGUCACGGGGGUGAGUGAGAGCAUGAAAGCAGCCACAGUCUAUGCAUAAAACUAUCCAACGCUCCUUCUGUUUCACCCUUUUCUUUUGCCGUGUGCCAGCCUGUGAGUUGAACCCUCCUUUCACACCCGUGUUUUUUUUUUUGUUUGUUUGUUUUCUACCACUGAACUCUGCGGUCAGUGUGACGUGUCGUACUUUUCCCACGUGACUUUUUUUUUUUGGACAACAAACGAACCCCGUCUGUACCUCAACUGAUGUCACUACCAAAACCCGAGAUACUUCAGUGAUGCCCUUGUUCUACUUAUAAUUUACCAGUAAAUAGUUUAUUAAUGAACCUAUCUUAAUUGCAAUUAUUCUGUAUAUGUGUAGUGUAUCUAAUGAGACUUGUAUUUCUUCUGUCUCGAGAAUUUAGUCUGCAAAAUAUGGGAUUGCUGAAUAUUUAAGUUAUUAUGAAUAAAUGAGUAUCUGUAUCA